ACAUAUGUACAUAUAUAUAUAUAUCUAAAAGAAGGUAACACAGAAUAGAAAGACCAACGUGAAUAUAUAUAUAUACCUUCGAGAUACACACACAUAUAUAUACAUAUAUAUAUAUAUAUAUACAUAUGUACAUAUAUAUAUAUAUCUAAAAGAAGGUAACCACAGAAUAGAAAGACCAACGUGAAUAUAUAUAUAAAUUCAUUAAAAAAAUAUAUAUAUGCUGACAGAGAAUGCUGCCAACGGGCAUCAAAUUGUCUCCUUUUCUACACCAGAUAGAUGAAAUGUUUCCUUGGACCUAAGAAGCCUUCGACAAUCCGUGGAAGGAGUACAGUGGAUAAAGAAAUACUUUGGAAAAUUCUAAACCAUUUCACAAAAAAAAGGACGAGGAAUUUAGUCGGCAGGAAAAGAAAUAUCCUUGGAAUUUAUAUUAUUAUUAUUAUUAUACACACCACACCACACAAAACACAUAUUUCUAUAUUUUAUAUAUAUAUACACACACACACACACAUAUAUAUACAUAUAUAUAUAUAUUUGUUAUAACAACAUCUAUUGGUAAUAAUUAAUUACACUCGACUGUAAUUGAGUUAUCGGUCUAUCCUUAGAACCGAAAGUGUCUUGGAGAUCAUCUCUGGCCAUCUGUGAUGGCUUUGGUGACCAUUCAACGUUCUCCGAGCCCCAGUAACAGCCCGGAAUCGGAAGAUGAUAUAGAUGCCAAUUCAAGCAGACAAAGAAGAUCAAAAUCACUGAAAAAAAUCCGAAAAAUUCUGAAUUCUAUACGAUUCUUAUCAAAAUGCCGCCCACGUUUUAGUGAAAAUUAUUUCACAGUCAAAGGUGCAGCCCUCAUAUUACCUCAGAGUGAAUGUUCCCAAAGAUCACCCCAAAGCAAUGGGGGGGACAUUCAACAACAUCUUCAACAGAUGAUUUAUCUCUUACGGCCAGAAGAUACUAUCAAAGUGGCUGUCAAAUUGGAAAGUGCCUACGAGAUCCCUUUAGCAUCUCGCUACAUGGUCGUCGUGUGCUGCAUCGGAAAACUUGAUACAGAAGAGUCAAUCAUGCUGGGCAUAGACAUGAAGGAUAAGGAAGCUAGCAUUGGUCUUGUCCUUCCAAUAUGGGCAAACAGCAAAAUUACACUGGAUGGUGAUGGAGGUUUUGGUGUCAAUUCUGAAGGCGCAGAUUAUCUCUUCAAGCCAGUUUCAGUACAAGCCAUGUGGUCAGCUCUGCAAAGUUUACACAAAGUUAUCAACACAGCCAAUGUUCACAACUAUAUCCCCAAAGGCCUCACCCACACAUGGGUUGGAUAUUACAAGGCUAGAAUUACGUCUGAUCUCUCAUGUAUAAAGGAAUGGAACAAAAUGGAUGACAUUGAAUCCUUUGCAGCUGACUCACCUUAUUCAACAGAGAAGCCGGAACUUGACCCAGAGGGCAUGAAGACCAAAAUCAGUGUCAAGUUGAAAGAAAUAAUGAUGUCAAAGGAUCUAGAAGAGACAACCUGUAAAGAGCUCCGUAAUAUGCUGGAGGAGUCAUUCAAUAGAUCAUUGAAAGAGUACAAAAGUUUUAUCGAUGCAGAAACAAUCCGCAUACUCCGUCAGAUGGAUGCACCAACAGAAAUAUUCCCAUUUCUUUAUCUUGGCUCUGAGUGGAAUGCAUCCAACUAUGAGGAAUUAGAGGAAAAUGGUGUUACAAGUAUUCUCAACAUCUCUCGAGAAAUAGACAAUUUCUUCCCUGAGAAAUUUGAAUAUAUGAACGUGCGAGAGUUUGAUAACGAAUUCACAGACCUCAUGAAACACUGGAAGCGAACUCAUGAAUUCAUUAGGAAAACAAAGGAAGACAAUGGUAAAGUUCUUGUUCAUUGUAAGAUGGGCAUCAGCCGAUCUGCUUCAACUGUCAUUGCCUACAAAAUGAAAGAGGAUUGCUGUACAUUUAAGGAAGCCUUUGAUUUCGUGAAAGAAAAGAGAGGAGUUAUCAAACCAAACAAAGCUUUUAUAGCUCAGCUGAAGGAAUAUCAUGGAAUUCUCACUGCAAGUCAAAAGCGUCACAUGUUUAACACCAAGUCUAAAAGUGAAGAAGCUGACACUCGGAAUGGUGCUGCCAGCAGCCAUUAUGAUAAUGACUUUGACUUCAUGCAACGGAAUUUUGAUAAUACGGAUGAUAUGGGUCUUCCUUGUUUCUACAGAGACGACUACUUCUUGCCUAUACCACGACGAGAUUCUGAUGGUUUUACUUCUGACAGCGUUGAUGAUAGAAGUGACAUCAACGAGAGUGGAGUAGUACGCGUGAGGGCAAACACUUACGAUUAUGCAAAUCUUCAGAUCCCUAAGUUUAAAGCAGACAACAGCUGGAUAAGUUCACAGCCUUUUUCCAUUGGGGAGUCCUCUACAGACCCUGUAGAUGAUAAAGAUCUGACAUUAGAGGAUGAUAUUAAGGGCUUAAAACAACCAGACAUUAGCAACACACCCACAGUUCUGAGUCAGACUCCGCCUUUAACUCGCACAAGUGUUAAUAUCAACAUUUCCGGGUCUCCCAACCUCGAUAGGACUUCCCUUUGUGAAAAUAAUAGCAAUUCAUCCAGUAUGAGAGGGUCUGCUAAAGGUUUGAAGAUGGUGGCCAGUGACGUUAAGGGUGCACCACCACAACAACAAAUAGCAAAAGCAGAUACUGCCGACCAAUCUUCAGAGGUCCCCGAGCCAUAUGUAAAAGAGGCCAUUCCCUGGCAUCCAGGGACUGUACGUCAGCAGUGGAGGAAUUUGGAAGAGCGUAUCAAAAGCAAUACUAAAACACCAAGUGAAACUGAGCCUGUUGAUGAAGACAUUCCAGUCGCCGCUGAGGCCGUCGACCCUUUGGCCCCUGUUGCUACGGUUUCCACUUCAGCAUCAUCAUCGCUUACAGCAAGUGAAGCUUGUCAGUCUUCGGAAAGCGAAUUUACUUCUUCACAGACAAUCUGGAUGUCAAAGUCUCCCCUCGUCCUCAAAUCUUCCCAUACAAUUUCAACGUUUCCUGUCAACAAGGAAAGUGAAGCAGUCACCAUGGGAAGAGAGAAUGAAUCCGACGUCAGGGCACUCCACAGAAUUGCCGAACGGCCCCAAAGUGUUUGCGACGAUGUCCUUGGGAAGGAACUGUUCAAUAGUUUGAGUAUCAAAGGAAGCCUAACUGCUGACAAAGAGGAAGGUUGCUCUCCUGCGGUGUACAAAAUGGAGGAUAUUGUCUAUCCUGUUGGCACUGUCCGUCGAACUACUCAGGAGCUGGAACAGAAACACAGAUCAAGCUGCCACGACUUAACCACUCUGGGAAUGCCUCCUAGUGAAACAAAGAUCCAACCGGUUCAGCGAUCGUCUAGUCUUGGCUCCGAACGGGACAGGCCGCGUCUCGAGAGGACGAAAUGGCGAGAGGCAUGCACCCCCAUUUUGUCACCAAGGAAUAUGGUCCCUACCUCGUCUGUUGAUUUUAAAGAACUGGACCUUGGGGUCCAGAUUGAAGGAGGCAGUGUGCGAAUGAAAACAAUAAACUUUGAGACUUUAGGCAAAGAAGAAGAUGAGUUGCCAUGCCAGGACAGGUUGCUGGUAGUUCCACAGAGAAUAGACCAAACUGCAGAUUCUCAUGUAAUUGGUGCACAACAAGGAGUUACUGUUACAAAUAGCAGUGUUCCAUGCAGUGCCCCAGCUGUGAGAACUGAAACCUUGAACUUGAUAGGAAAGGCUUCUUCAGUUGACGAUUCCACUUACAAUUCAGCCACCUCCUCAACUCCAUCUGUCUCUGUAGCCCAUUUGCAGUCCUUUUCUGGCAAUAAAACUAAAGUGGAAUCAGAGGAAGGCAAACCACCUUUAUCUAAGCAGCAUAAAGUAUCUCCAAAAAUUCUGAUGAACAGAGAAUCGCAAGAACUUCCAAAGAAAUCGCUAACAACUGCCGAAAGUGUCGAAACAGCAUUACCUCAUUCAACAAAGACCCCUUCACUUUUCACCGAAUCCUUAUAUAAAUUUAGCAAAGAAACUGACGAGCAUCAGCCCAAACCCUCUCAAAAUGAUGCGUCUACUCUUACGAGACAAGCUAGUUUUCCGUCCAGCAAUUUGGAUAGCACACCUCUCCCCCAAACUUUGUCUGUCAAAACGCUAGCGACCGAACCAGAGCAACAGCAAGCGAGUAGCAAUGUUGCAGCAUCUGCAAGAGAAGCUCAGCUGCCUGAAAACAUCUGUACUUCAACAUUAGAUAUUAAUUUAACCAUUCCGGAACGAACUGCUGAACUUGAAAAAAACCAGUUUUUAAAAACUAAAAGUUUGGACGAGUCCACUUUAUACGACGUCACAGCAGACGGCUCAGGUAAAGGGAAAAAGAUCGUUCGUCAUCUGAUUGGGAAGUUUGAUUCCAACUUAAUCAGUGAACCUGGUAGCACUGCUAUACAGCCUAAAUCAGAAACAGAUAAGGCCACAGUGGAGCCUAUUGAGCCAGUAACAACAACAACAGCAAUGGGUUCAGCUGGCAGAGGAGGAAGUCCGUUCCAAUCAUCUCAAUGUGAAAGUGAAUCCACUGUAAAAUGUAACUCUUCAACACAGCCUGUAGGUCUUCCGCUGCCUCAUAGUGCUACCGUUAGCACAAGGAACCAAUUGCUUACUUCUUCUACUUCAUCUUCUUCUGCUGCACCAACUGCCAUUUCAGAUCUAUCUGCAGCUUCUGGAAAAAACUUGCCAAUUGCCAAUGUGCUGAGUGGUGCUAAGCCUGUUGACGCCAGCACCAGCAGCAUCUGUGGCAGUCAACCGCAUCUGGGGGUUCCUUCAUCUUCAUCAACACACAUCGCUCCCUCUACAUCACCACUGCAAACAAACAUCACAACCACCACCACCACCACCACAGCAGCAGCAGCGGCAGCAACAACAACAGCAAUAUCAUCACCUACAUCCACUGUAACUUCCUCUCCCUCCGUCUCUUGUACAUUUUCUUUGUCCUCCACCUCCUCUUCUUCCACUUCUGCUGGAUUGAGAGUCCCCACGUUGAGUCAGAGUGCCUUACAGGAAGGUCGUAAAGUCCGUAAGCUGCAAGGCAAGACACAUCCAUUAUCUAAACUUGAAAGUCGUCAAUAUUCCCAAAAUCCAUCAUUUUACAGCACCAUGUAAAAUGCGUCUGAUGUAAAAGAGUUUUUGUAUGAGGCUUUUGUCAAUAAAUAAAUGUUGCUGUACAUUAUUGUCAGGGAUGUCGGGCAGUUUUUAAAAGAA